AUAAUAAAUAAAUAACCCCCGCAAAUAUCUUCUCCCCUUUGGCGCUUCUGAACCCUUUUGUUCUCUUCGCAUUCUGUUUCUCUCUGUGUAUCGAUCAUCAAACAUUUCCUUGUUUUCCCUGUAUAUGUACUUCCAUAUCCUAUUGGUUUUGUCCCAUUCUGGCUAUCUCAUUUUUUGAGUGAACGGAGACAUUAUGCACCCUAACGCCCACCACUUUCUUCCUUGUUUUCACUGCCACCCCCAUGCCUAUAUCCGGAUGAUCCAACAUCUGAUAGAGAGAUGCUUGCUGCUUCAUAUGAGCCGAGAUGAGUGCGUCAAGGCCCUGACUCGCCAUGCAAACAUUCGCCCUCUCAUAACACUCACAGUGUGGAAAGAGCUUCAGAAAGAGAACACUGAAUUUUUCCGUGCAUAUUUGCGUACUAUUCCUCCCAAGCCAUUCCUGGCCAAAUUCAGGAGGAGUGCUCCUACAAUAACGAGGAGAAGACAACGUCACUGGAGAUGAGGGAUAAUAUGCAGUCUGUAAUAUGCUGAUUAAUUUAUUUUCCUUGUUUCUACAUAUCGAGUAUGAGUCCAGGGGAACUAAUAAUAGUGUUUAAUAUUAUAUCAAUUAUCCAAGUUUAUAAUUUGAUGGAUGCUUUCUUU